UCCAGAAGUAGCGUCUCGUGUCAGUUUUCACGAUUGGGUGAGUGACUGGGAGAUAUUUAUGCUUUAAUAAAAUGUUGCAUAAAUUGUUCAAGGUACGCAGCGAGGGCAGAUUAUUCUUGCCGGUCCAAUUUGCGACCCUAUAGUGAUACUGUAACUCUCUUUCUCCAUGCUUAUAUUGUUGACAUUUGAUGUAAAAAAACGACCGGUUGAUCAAUUGGUUCAACCAUUCUGGUUACUGGUACAUCCUACCGAAAAACUGGGUCGCCACUUCGACCGCUCUUUUCUGAGAGUGCAGAGCGCGAUAUAUGCUGUGACAAGUGCUGGAAGAGACUGAUAGUAAAGUGACACAUGAGAGGAAUGAUGAUAAUGUGGGAAGUGCGUAUGAUAUGUUGACGUUUGUUAAAAGCCACACGUUCUCUUCGACAGCUACAAUUAAUUUAAGAGAUUUGUGCUGGAGACAUCUCUUAAUUGGAUAUGAUGAUGAAUGAAAGAUUGGACCUAGACAAACCGCUGUGGAAUCAAAACACAUUUGUAGGAAGAUGGAAAUAUUUCGCCUGGAUGACCGACUUCCGCACCUGCGUUAAACCAGAAUCAGAGUUAAUAGCUGCUAAAAAGUUAUGCGAACAAUACAGAAUUGGCGAAGAGCCAGCCAAUACUACUACAGAACAAAUUAUCUAUGCGAAGAAACUGUACGAGUCCGCUUUUCAUCCCGAUACCGGCGAUCUGCAGAAUGUCUUUGGUAGAAUGUCCUUUCAGGUACCAGGAGGAAUGGCUAUCACCGGCGCUAUGCUUCAAUUUUACAGGACGACUCAAGCAGUAGUUUUUUGGCAAUGGGUCAACCAGUCCUUUAACGCGCUCGUCAAUUACACCAACAGGAAUGCUAACAGUCCUGUGACGACUAAUCAGCUAGGUGUAGCUUAUGUUAGUGCGACCAUCGCAGCAAUGAUAACUGCGAUAGGAUGUAAAUCGUAUUGGGAGAAGCGCGCUAGUCCUCUAAUGGCUAGGUACGUUCCAUUCGCCGCAGUGGCAGCCGCUAAUUGCGCUAAUAUCCCUCUAAUGAGACAGAACGAAAUUGUAAACGGCGUGGAUCUCAUUGACGAGAACGACAGAAAGCUUACAAAAUCGAAGCUCGCAGCUGUAAAAGGUAUCAGUCAAGUUGUCAUUUCGAGAAUCGUCAUGUGUGCACCCGGCAUGCUUAUCUUACCGCCUAUAAUGGAAAGAUUGGAAAAAUACGCAUGGAUGCAAAGAAUUAAACCACUACAUGCACCGAUACAAAUUAUGAUGUGCGGAAUUUCGCUGACGUUUAUGGUGCCGACGGCGUGUGCGUUAUUUCCACAAAAUUGCUCCAUUAAGACGACUACCUUACAACGCUGGGAGCCAGAAAACUAUGAGCUACUAACGAAGAACUGUGAAGGUGGUAAAUUGCCGACGUAUUUAUAUUUCAACAAAGGAUUAUAAUGUUAUUAUAUUUAUAUAAUGAAAAGUUCUAGUUUUAACUGAUAAAAUAAGUGUUAUUCCAUCCUUUACAAAUAUCGUUGUUUUAAAUGGCACAAUGAUGAGGUAAACUCUUCUGCUGGAUCAGAAACGAACCCGAAAAAAAAAAA